AUGACUACCCGCAAGAGAAAGCAAGAGGCCGAGGAGGAGCUCCAGGCCCUUCCUAGCGAUGUGAGCGAAGAGGAAGAAGAAUAUGAAGACUCCGAGCCUGAAGUAGAGCAAGGAAGCGACGAGGGCGAACAGGAAGAGGUUGAGGGAGAGUCUGAGUCUGAUGAAGACGAGGAAGGACAAGAAGCAGAAGCCAAACCCGAAGCCAAACCUGAAGCCAAAGACGAAGCCAAAGCCAAAGACGAAGACGAAGGCGCCCCGGCAGCCAAGAAGCAGAAGACUGCACCCGUUGUUGUCGAUGACGACGAGGCCGAGAACGGCGCAGAGGGCGAAGAAGGCGAGGAGGGCGAAGAAGACGAAGAGGUCGAUGAGGGAGAAGACGUGGAAGAGAGUUCCCCUGAUGCCGCUGCCGAUAAUGGACCUUCUGCCGCUGCUGCUAAGGACAAGGGCGGUGCUGUCCCUAAGGAGUCAGAUCUGCCUGAGAUUGAGGCUGCUGAGGAAGAGAAGUGA